GAGAGAGAGAGAGGGAUCCUCCUGAUCCUCCUGCGGUGUUUUGGUCCCCUCUACCCGCUCACGAAAAUGACAGCGAAGAAGUCUGGCUCCCGGCUGGAGACCGAGAUCGAGCGGUGCCGCUCCGAGAGCCAGUGGGACAAGAUACCGGAGCUGGUGCGACAGCUCUCCGCCAAGCUCAUUUCCAACGAUGACCUGGGCGAGCUGCUGUUGGGGGAAUGCAAGCUCCAGACGUACCUGAAGGAGAAUCCCAUCAAGCAGGGAGCCAGUCCCAGAGGCCCGCGACCUAAACUGGUGGAAGUCAGGAAGCAUCUGACGGCAGCUCUGGACCGAGGAAACCUCAAAGCUGAUUACCUCCAAGAGGCCAGCAUCUUGAUGGCCAAACUGUGCUAUGUGGAAGGAGAAUACAGAGAUGCUUUAGGUCACUACAACCGGGUGAACCUGGACGACCUGCAGCUGGUGGGAGCUCCUGUGUACAGGCUGUCCAUGAUAGCAGAAGCUUAUGCAACUAAAGGCUUGUGUCUCGAGAAGGUUCCCGCCGCCUCGCCGUCCCUGUCCAACAGGAACACCGGCUCUCCAGCCUCCAACAGGAGCACCACGGAUCGAGAGCAGGACAUCAUCACCUGCUAUGAAAAGUCCGGAGACAUUGCAUUGCUUUACCUGCAGGAGGCCGAGAAGGCGUUGUCAGCCGGGAUUCAGAACCGCAGCCCAAAGCCUGGCCCCACAGCUCAGGACCAGGAGCUGGGCUACUUCCUGGAGACAGGCCUGCAGAGAGCCCACGUCAUCCACUUCAAGAACGGCAACCUGACACAAGGCGUCGGUCGGUUUCGGGAGAUUCUUCGAGCUGUGGAGACCAGAACCACCCAGAACCUUCGCAUGACCAUCGCUCGACAGCUUGCUGAGAUCCUGCUCAGAGGGAUGUGUGAACAGAGUUACUGGUCCCCUCUGGAGGACCCGCCCACAGUGUCGCCGCUGGACGAUCCCACGCGCCAAGGACACACGCACAGCAAGAAUUAUAACUUGAGCCGACGCCCACGGGUGUACUCGGGAGAAAAUCUGUUUUGCCCUCAGGAGAACACAGAGGAGGCUCUGCUGCUGCUGCUCAUCAGCGAGUCCAUGGCAAAUCGUGACGCCGUCCUGAGCAGAAUCCCUGAACACAACAACGAUCGGAUCAUCAGCCUCCAGUCCGCCUCUGUGGUGUACGACCUGCUGACUAUAGCUCUGGGCAGGAGGGGGCAGUAUGAGAUGCUGUCAGAGUGUUUGGAGAGAGCCAUGAAGUUUGCCUUUGAGGAGUUCCACUUGUGGUACCAGCUCGCCUUGUCUCUCAUGGCCGCUGGAAAAUCAGCUCGAGCCGUGAAGGUCCUGAAGGAGUGCAUUCGCCUGAAGCCCGACGACCCCACCAUCCCGCUGCUGGCCGUCAAGCUGUGCAUUGGACCUCUGCACUGGCUGGAUGAAGGCGAGUGUUUUGGUAAGAUGGUCAUCGAGAUGGGAGAGAAAGCAGCUGAAUUCAGAGCCAAAGGCUACUUGGCCAUUGGUUUGGUUUACAGCCUCAAAGCUACCGAUGCAUCGUUACGAAGCAUGCAGGAGGAGUACCAGAGGAAAGCUCUGGGAGCGUUCCAGAGAGCUCAGAGUCUGUCUCCUACGGACCAUCUAGCAGCCUUCUACCUGGCUCUGCAGCUUGCCGUGUCCAGACAGAUUCCCGAGGCACUAGGUUAUGUUCGGCAGGCGCUGCAGCUUCAAGGAGACGACGUCCACUCCCUUCAUCUGCUGGCCCUGCUCCUCUCUGCACAGAAGCACUACCACGACGCCCUCAAUAUCAUAGAGAUGGCCCUGUCCGAGUACCCCGAGAACUUCAAUCUGCUGUACACAAAAGUAAAGCUUGAGGCGAUGUGCAGAGGACCAGAGGAGGCUUUGCUCACCUGUAAACACAUGCUGCAGAUCUGGAAGAGCUUCUAUAACCUCACCAACCCCAGUGACUCGGGGCGUGGCAGCAGCCUGUUGGAUCGAGCCAUCGCGGAUCGACGACAACUCAACGCCAUGACUUUGCCUGACUUCAGUGACCCUGAGACUGUCUCAGGUUCUUCCUCCUCCCACUCCGGUUCCGAGCCAGUCUCCCCAAUCUCCCCAUCCACCCUCUCCACUCUCUCCACCCUCUCCUCCCUCUCCUCCCCUCUGUCGUCUCCUUCCUCCCCCGUCUUCGUCCUCCAGCCUCCCCCUCCCCCGAAAAACCCACCCUCACUAUCUACUUCUCCUCCUUUUCCUUCCUCUCCUCCCCCUCUUCCUCCUCCUCCUCCUCCACCCAUCAAGACCAGGACUCAGUCCUUUUGCAGCCACGCGGCUCUCCGCCAGCUCUCCUCCAACUGCGGCCUUCAGGACGCUAACACUCUUGGUUUUUCCUCCAUGUUUUCUGUUUGUUCGGUGCACGCCACUUCCAUCGCAGCCAGCCGCGUAGAGCAGGCCCUGUCCGAGGUGGCCUCCUCCCUGCAGAGCAGCGCCCCCAAACAUGGACCCCUGCACCCCUGGAUGACCCUGGCUCAGAUCUGGCUGCAUGCAGCCGAGGUGUACAUCGGCAUGUCGAAGCCGGCCGAGGCCACGGCGUGCACGCAGGAGGCCGCCAACCUCUUCCCCACCUCGCACAACGUGCUGUACAUGAGGGGGCAAAUCGCCGAGCUGAGGGGCAACAUGGACGAGGCCAAGCGCUGGUACGAGGAGGCCCUGUCCAUCAACCCCACCCACGUCAAGACCAUGCAGAGACUGGGCCUGAUCCUGCACCAGCUGCAGCGCUACAGCCUGUCAGAGAAGGUCCUCAGAGACGCUGUGCAGGUCAACAGUACGGCUCACGAUGUGUGGAACAGUCUGGGCGAGGUGCUGCAGGCUCAAGGGAACGCCGCCGCCGCCACCGAGUGUUUCCUCACCGCGCUGGAGCUGGAAGCCAGCAGCCCCAUCCUGCCCUUCACCAUCAUCCCCCGAGCGCUAUGAGACACACACACACACACACACACACACACUCACACACACAGUUAAUGCCUCAGUGCUGCAGCACAGUUGCACAAAUGGCAGACUUGCAAACUGGACACACUCCACACACACACACACACACGUUCAACCACGCUGUAAAUAAAUGAAAACUGUACAAACAAACACAAAGCCUUCCUCCUGCUCACGUGUGCGUGCGUACGUGCGUGUCGAACCUGCACUUUUAUUUGCGUGCCUGCGUCCAUGCAUGUGCUCCCACGUCCGUGUGCGUGUGCCAACAUGUUUACGGCGCACACGCGCGUCGCGUUGCAGUCAUUCCCGGCGUGCUGUUUCUGUGUGCACUUGUCGUCUCGUCCCGUUCAAAAAAAAAAGAUGUAAAUAAGAUUUAGUUUGAGUCACCGACUGUGCGCUCACAAGCCGAACAUUUUGUUUACAUGUUACCGAGUCCAAAAACACAUACACACAUAUACACACAAAGUGAUAUUUCCUUCAUGAAGCCAAAUAUCUCAUAUUUACACACACACACACACACACACAAAUACACACGUUGCUGUUCACAUGCGGAGGAUGAACGUUAUUGUACUGCUGGUUCAGGGCAGCGAUGGUCAGAAAUGCUCAACAGGUCACUGAGGAAACAAUCAAUUAUUCACACUCUUCACUCCUGCGGUGUGAAGUCUGUCUUUAGCGUCUUUCUUUUCUCUGUUGCCUUCACUUGAAAACCCUUUUUUUUUUUUUUUUGUUUUCCUUGCCUCUACUGAGCCUGGCACUCAAGCACCUGUAAUUUGACAUCAGCCUCUUCACCGUGCUUGCUGUGGCUGGAGCAGAUUACCAUAAAGAGACAUCUGAGUUGCAGAAAACGCUCAGAAAAUUUUCUCAGAUAUAUAAAUAAGCUUAUUUAUGAGUCAGUUUGGUCAAAAUCUAUUAUUAAGUUACAUAAUAAACUACUUUAACUACCUGUCAUUCCCAAUUUGAAAAGCCAGCCAGACAAAACGGCGCAGGAGCUGAAACACACUUGCACGUUUUGCUUUUAAAUGUUUAUUUUAUAUACUGUAUUUUUUAUUUGAAUUGUAAUCAUUUGGCAGUAAAAGAGGUGUUUUUAACGGAAAGGCUGUUGAAAGUGGUGAAUCUGCCGCGCUCAGCCUCUCUGCGCCCGUCUCUUCGGUUUGACAGAUUUCUUCACACUGAGCAGCAUGCUUUGAUCUGAACCUGUUGUCGGCUCUUGGAGUGAAAGGAGCCGGCGUCAGAGAGGCACUUUAGAAAAGCCGAUCGUGCGACAUUUCGCGAGCGUUCAGUAACUCCACAGGUGAAUUUCUGAGGAAGCCGGAGGAUCUUCUCCAAAAAAAAAAUCACGUUCUGUUGCGUUGAAAUGCUCCCUCAGUGAUUUUGUUAUCUGUUUCCUGCCACAUAAUUCAGUUUUUUAUGUUUUUUUUUUUUUUUUCAAUUUUGAUUAUAAAUACAAAGAUUUAUUGUUGUAUAUUUGAUUGUUCCUAGUGUAUUAUUCUUGUUAUUUUAGAGAGUAAAUUAUAAAUCUAUUUUCUGGAGAGCAAUGUUACUGAGAUGCUGUCUAAAGCGUGAGAGGAUGUUGGUGUGAGCGCGGUCAGUCCUUGGUGCUGUAUGUAAAUGAAUGACUGAAAUUACAAUGAUAACAAUGACCCAGACAAUAAAAGUGAUUUAAAAAAAA